GCUGCGUCGCCGUGCCGGGGAUCAAUCGAGCGAGAGGGGAGGAGGGGAGGAGGGGAGGGAGAGACUCUCCUCGCGCAAUCGCAUCGGCCGGACGCAGCAGCAGGAAGCAGCCGGAGGAAACAUGCUCACGCGGGUGAAAUCGGCGGUGACCAAUUUCAUGGGAGGUGUGAUGGCCGGAGGCUCCAACGGGGAGCACCCGGGGGCCGGCGGAGGAGGCGGCGGCGGCGGCUCGGAUCUGCCGCUGAAGUACCCGUACGGCAGAGCGGAGUUCCUGGGACUGUCGCCGGACGAGGUGGAGUGCUCUGCGGAUCACAUCGCGAGACCGAUCCUCAUCCCGAAGGAGACCCGGCGGCUGCCGUGGUCCACCGGCUACGCGGAGGUGAUCAAUGCGGGUAAAAGCACGUUGAACGAGGACCAGGCCUGCUGCGAGGUGCUGGUGGUCAAGAGGAGACCCGCGGGAAGCUGCGCGUACAACCAGACCGCCACGGCCCGCAGGAGGUCGUCCCUGCCCAACGGGGAGGGCUCGGGCCAGCGGGACGACGCGGACUGCUCGGAGAACCUGACCUUCCACUACUGGGCGCUGUUCGACGGCCACGCCGGCUCCGGGGCGGCCGUGGUGGCGGCCCGCCUCCUGCAUCACCACGUGGCCAUGCACCUGCAGGAGGUGAUGGAGGUCUUCUGCGGUCCGGACGCGGCGCCCCCGACGUGCCUCGGGGAGGAGCCGGUCAACCACCACCUCGCGCCGACGUCCCAGCGCGCCCUCACCAGGGCGGCGUCCCUGCGCGGCGCCGCGGGGGCCCCCGGCUCGCCCGGCGCCCCGCCGGCGCGCUUCUUCAGCGAGAAGAAGGUCUCGCGCGAGAGCCUGGUGGUCGGAGCCAUCGAGAACGCUUUCAAAGACAUGGACGCGCAGAUCGAGAAGGACAAGGCGGUCUACAACGUGUCGGGCGGCUGCACGGCUCUGGUGGCCCUCUGUCUGCUCGGGAAGCUGUACGUCGGGAACGCCGGAGACAGCAGAGCCGUCAUCAUCCGGGCCGGCGAGGUCCUCCCCAUGUCGGCAGAGUUCACGCCGGAGUCCGAGAGACAGCGACUGCAGUUCCUGGCCUACAUGCAGCCCCACCUGCUGGGGAACGAGUUCACGCAUCUGGAAUUCCCGAGGAGGGUCCAGCGAAAGGAGGUGGGGAAGAGGAUGCUGUACCGGGACUUCACCAUGUCGGGGUGGGCGUACAAAACCAUCGAGGACGACGACCUAAAGUUCCCCUUGAUCUACGGCGAAGGGAAGAAGGCGCGUGUGUUGGCGACCAUCGGGGUCACCAGAGGUCUGGGGGACCACAACCUUAAAGUGCACGACUCCAACAUCUACAUCAAGCCCUUCUUGUCCUGCUGCCCAGAGGUCAAAGUCUACCCGUUGGCGCAGUGCGAGCAUGGAGCCGAUGACGUUCUGGUGCUGGGGACCGACGGCCUGUGGGACGUGCUCUCCAACCAGGAAGUGGCUGAAGCGGUCACUGGUUUCCUGGCAAACUGCGACACGGACGACCCGCACAGGUACACAAUGGCGGCCCAGGACCUGGUGAUGAGAGCGCGAGGGGUGCUGAAGGACCGGGGCUGGAGGAUCUCCAACGACAGACUGGGCUCCGGGGACGACAUCUCCGUCUACAUCAUCCCCCUCGUGCACGGCAACAAGCAGAACUAGCCCAGCGGCGCAAACGGGGACCUCUGCAAUCCAGAGGACGCCACUGUGAGCCUUGAUGCCUAGAAGGUUGAGAGCAGGAUCGCAGUGACUAACUAACGCACAAUAUUUGUAAAUGUGAAAAUGUAAAUACUCCAGUGUAAGACACUUGACGAGCCUGUACAGUGUAAAGAAAGCACACUAAAGACCUGACACACGUUCCCCCCCACAUCUCCUCUGUCCCAUGCAGAGCUUCUCAACCUGCCCAGUUGAGUCGUCUGCACAGGUAGAUGUUGUGUCAGCAGCUUCCCUUCCCUCUCCCCCCCCCAUGCUGCAUAUUUGUGUUGUUUUGCACGUAUCGUUUCUGCAGUGGUCGAUUAACCUUCUCGCUGAGGUAGAAGGAAACGACGCUGCACCGUCUACCUCGUCCUUCAUUUCCUGUCGUUGUCACCGCGUCCUCCCUGAGAGCUUUUGGGCCGCGUCAGCACAUCCAGUCACGAUUUGCACCGGUACGAUUUUAAAAAGGAAAAAAAAAAAGUGAGCUGUCAGGGUAUAUUGUACGAAAUUAGUGUACAUUAUGCUCAAAAAGCCCGUCGUCAUGCACUCAUUGCUUGCUUUUUCUGUGUAGCAGUUGGAUAUAUUUUCUUCUUAUUACGUUAUGAAUAUAAAGAGAAUGGACCUGAGUUCUGAACAUCAAUCAAUGAAUGUUAGUUCAAGCUCAUUUUAGUUUGUCUCAGCUUCAGCUGGUGAAAGAUGCAGCAGAGCGACUUCAUUCAAGUGUAUAAAUGUAAAUAAUGUUCUCAGUGGAUCCCCUCAUUUAUUUGGCUGUAAGAGAUGUACAUUUGACUGAAACUAAGUACGGAAUUCGCACCAAGGAACAGUGUAAAGAAUUGUUUAAAUGUUCACUUCUGCGCUCGAUUAAAAUGAGAUUCAUCUUUU